CUGUUCCUAAGAGAGGGGGAGCAGGCAGGUUCCGAGGAAUCGACCUAUUACGACUGAGUCUGUUAGGGACUUGAAGUAUUUGCUUAUUAAGCCGGGAAAGCGGGGUGUCACACCGCCUUGUCUCUACUAGCUGGGGGAGUGGGGAAGGGGCGCCAUGUUGUCACAGGACUCUAGCAGUAGCAGAGGCUCGAUGUUGUCGCAGCUGGUCCCAGGAUUAAGAGAUCGUUCAAACUUUCUCACCGGUGACGUUGUGUGAUUCACGCCUGGUGUUGGCUGUUAGUCCUCCGGCUUGUUACACGUGUAAGUGUUGGACUUUGUUUCAUGCAGUGAAUUUAUUUCUGUACAUUAACAUGUCCUGGAUUAAAGAACAGAUUUGAAUUUGGCACUCACUGAAUGAAGAUGUUGCCACGAAACCUUCCACCCCUGCUUCAAAAAUGGACUUGACUAUGAGAUGAGCACGUCGCUUAAGGAAGAGUUCAAACUCUUCAAGUUUGGAGUAGGUCACGACAGCCCAAUCCUUUUCAUUACAUCUCAGUGGAACUGUUCCUCCAGCAUCUAUCUAUUGUGGAGGCUCUUCUGGCUAUUGUGGCACGUAGGUUGGGUGGUGGCCAGCCCUGUAGUCAUGGUACUGUACCAGUCGGAUUCCCCAGAGGAGGGCGCCAAGUGGCUGAUCUACCUGACCCACACGACGCUCCUUCUCACCGCCAUCACCAGCACUCUAGAUUUCCUAACAGUCUUCUUCUUAAGUUACACUCGGAGAGGGAGGGCCACUUUAAGCAGCUGGAACCAUGAGAAGUCUGUGACAGGUCCACCAUUGAAAGAAGACAUAAUCUUUCAUGGGGAGUUUACUGUGCUUUCAGGUCUAGAGCCAGGCACCACACCAUGGUAUGUCAAGUUGACCUGGUUUCUGUAUGGCGUCAUAGGCAGCAGCAACAUCCUAGUGACCAUUAUGUACUGGGCGGUAGUGUUUGAUGGUAACGUAGAGGCUGUGGAUGUCAUCAUUAACAGUGUCAACUCCUUCUUCAUCAUCUCCAAUGGACUGGUCACCGCCAUGCCCGUCCGAAUACUGCACUUCCUCUACCCAGUUCUCUACGGCGCCGCCUAUUUCAUCUUCACCUACAUCUAUUAUGCAGCAGGUGGCACCAACAUUCUAAAUCUCGACAUUAUUUACAGCGCCCUGGACUGGAACCACGCUUACCCCACGGUCUUGGGCGUGGUGAUAGGGGUGUUAGUGUGCGCUCCUAUCGCCCACCUCGGGCUUUUCGCCCUCUACACGUUUAGAAUAUUCCUCUUCUCCAAGAUUCACUCGGGCAAUUUCAAGCUAAGCUCUGAAUUGGACAGCCACCAGCACAUUGCAGGCAGCUCCAGACAGCCAACGACGCUGGAAAUCAACUUAGAGCUGGGUGGCGUAGAACACAAGGGCAAGGCGACUCAAGAAACAAAGAGUGAGACAGGACUGUAAAUAUAAGCCUUUGUCUACUCACAGACUAUAUUUAUAGUACUAAUGCCUAUUCUGUGAUAUUUUGAAUGCAAAUGAGACUUGUUCGUUGUUUCUCAUUGGUGCAGUUUUUCAAAGGAUUUACCUCAGAAUCAACAUUAGGCCUACAAAAAUAAUCCAAAAAAUGCUCCUUUUUGAAAAUAACGCCAUUGUUUAAAAUUAUGUCUCUAAUUCACUUGAAUGGUGAGCUAUAACACUAAUUAUAAUCUAUUAAGUGAUAUCUGACUUAACCAGUAAGACAGUGACGCCCAACAUACGACCCGAGGACCGAAUUCGGCCCGUGACGUUGUGCCCCUCAACUCUUCUCUCCACUCUAUACAAUGAAGCCGCAAUCAGCUCCAUACAACUUUAUUCUGACUACUAGGGACGUGGCCAUGGACAUAAUGCUAUGUAUACGUUCAAGGAAUCCUUAGUUUCUAUGGGGAGUAGGCUUUAGAGGAUUGGGGGUGGGUGGGUGGAGGGUGAAUCUCCCCGGGGAGAGGAGACGAGACGUAGAUUUUGAUGUGAGGUUUGUGUGAAUGAUGAGCUAAUUUAAAUUCUAUAUACCAUUUAUUGAUAUUUUAAUUCUCAAUAUUCUCGUGUCUCUCUCUCCCCCCCCUCUUUUCAGUUGUAUUUCACUACAGAGAAGCGCCUCUGACAAUCCAAGUUUAUGGUUAUAUUCAAACGUUUUAAUGUGUAUCAUAAUGAUAUGUAAUAGACAAUUAGACAGAUAUGUAUCAUAGAGAGCAAGAGACAAACAAGAUAGAAGGAACGCGAGCAAAAGAAAGAGAGAGAGAAAGGGGUGGAGAUAGACAAAUAGACAUAGACAGAAUAAUGGAAGAGAAAAGAGAGAGAGAGAGAGAGAGAAUGUGGUCUAAAAAGGUGAAGUUAGCAUUGAGAGAUAUGAGCUGUCUUUUCAAAAACAAUUUGAAAGGAAAUACAAGCCAGAGAAAGUGUUCCUACUAGUUUAAAAAGUUGUAUAUUGUAACACCCAAUCGCUUUACCAUGUGAACAAUAAAAUAUUGUAAAUAAAUGUA